AUCGUGUCUUAACAAGUCAUUUUGAGUAUUUCGAGAUGUUCGGUAAUGUUUUCCUACGAAAAUAAUGAUUGCGUUAUACGUUCUACCCCCUGUGCUUAGUAUUUUUGUUAUUCGUUCGCAUAGUCAUGUUGAGGGGUAGUUUGCUACAUACAAACUCUCUCUCCGCUACAAAGUAAAAUAUAGAGAACGAAUUGGAGCAUGGCAGUCGGACAUGUUAUAUCAAAAUAAGAGGAUAUUUGUGUUAUAAGGAUUGAAAAAAGCGUUGAGUAAGGUCAUGUUCGUUGCAGUGUUUAUAGUAGCAAAAUAGGAUUUUUUCAGUUAAUACGAAAAACAAAAAAAAUUGUGAAUUUCGCAGUUAAUUUGUGAAUUAAUUUUAGUGAAAAAAGUAAUAAAUUCAUCAUAAAAAAUUGCUUUAUUAAAAGCAACUACGGCAGGAAUUAAUAACAAUUCGGAUUUUUAUCAAAUUGUGAAAAUGAAAACAAAAUUGAAAGUUUUUCCACGACAAGAUGGAAUCUCAUAUCCACAAAUUUAUAGAAAAUUUAAGGCAAAAUCGCGAAAUAUUGAUGAAAUAGUGAAUGAGGAGGAGUUUUAUAUUCAGGAUUUAACGGAGAAUUAUUUUGAUGAUGCUGUCGAUUUCAUGAUCGAGUAUCAUGCACGAUCAUCAAUAUUCCAUCGUGCUGCUGGCACAUUAUUAAGUGACGAUGGUGUCGAGCGUAUUCGACAAAUGUAUAGAAAAGUAUUUGAGGAAAAUAUUUCAUUGAUUUGCCUUAAGGCCGAUACGAAUGAGAUAAUUGGUGUUAAUGCAAUAACAAUUAGAUCAAAGGAUGAUGAACCCAGUGUACCUAGUGAUGAUCCUAAAUUUCAAAUAUUGUAUGAUGCCAAAGAAUUCAUUGAACAUGCUUUCAAUAUCAUGGAUUAUUAUGAUGUUGAUCGAUUCAUGUUUACGGCUGGUUUAUGUGUUCAUAAGAAGCAUCGAUGCAAAGGCAUUGCAACUGAAAUAUUAAAGGCUAGAGCUCCAUUGAUGAAGACUAUUGAUGUUAACGUAACGGCUUCCAUUUUCUCAACAAUCGGUGCACAAAAUGCGGCAACAUCAGCUGGAUUUACUCAUCACUACUCUAUUUUAUACGAGGAUUUAGAGAAACUAUUUAAUGGUAUGAAUUUUUCGCAUGCCUAUGGCAACAGCUGCAAACUAUCAGCAUUCAAAAUAUCUGAUUAAAUAUCUCAAACUAUCUCUCUAUCUCUCUCGCGCUCUAUUUCCUUAUAAAAAAUGAACAAUUUUUUUACUAUAUUUAAAUUACCUCCUUUUUGACAUAAAAAAAAUAUCUCGCUGCCCCCCUCUCUAUCUAUCUUGAUUGACAUUCCUAGAAUUUAAAAAAAUAUAUUGAAAUUAUUCUUUUUUGGAAGAAAAAACAAAACAUUUCAAAUGUUUAAAAAGUAUUUUAAUUAAUUAAACAUUUAAACUUAAUAAUAAGUUUUUUUUGACCUUGAAAAUUGAG